CAACGUCAUUUCCGUUAUCGUUGAUUCAUUUGUUAUCCUGUGACGUUUCUCUUUGUUAGUUUAUUUGUGAAUUGAAGUGGAGACGCUUGCAAUUAAAGAAAAUAGAGAAUUUUCUAGAUAUCAACAUGAGCGACACAGAAGAUAAUAAAGAACACCUCAGAGAUCGUACACGCCGUGAUAGAAGUAACCGUAGCGGCGGCGGCGGUGUUGGUUUUAGAGAUCGAAGUCGAGACCGUGGUAGCAACCGAGACCCCAGAAGCUUGAAACCAUCACAAACUAGAGUGUACGUAUCAAACAUUCCUUACGAGUUUCGUUGGCAAGACGUGAAAGAUCUAUUUCGAGAGCAAGUAGGCGACGUUCAAUUUGUAGAAUUAUUCUUCGACGAUUUUGAUAAGCCUAAGGGGUCUGGUAUUGUCGAAUUUCCUGAUAAAGCUUCUGUUGACAAAUGCAUGGAAAUAAUGCAACGCUAUGAGGUUAAAGGACGCAAACUGGUGAUCAAAGAGGAUUUUGGUGUCACUAGAGAUAGACACGGGGCUAUUGUGUCGGGCAAUUCAAGAAGAGGUGAUAGGUCUUUUGAUUGUGGAGGCGGUAGCAAUAUGUCGAUGAGAAAUGACGAGGGAAGAUGGGGUAAUACUUACGGUUUGAGUCCUCAAUUCCUCGAAUCUCUAAAAAUUGAUCCUCCACUUGGUAAUAAAAUUUUUGUUGCUAAUCUUGAUUAUGGUGUUGAUAAGAAAAAGGUAAAAGAGGCGUUUAGAUUGGCUGGUAAACUCACAUCUGUCGAUCUACCUCUUGACAAAGAUGGUCGUAUCAAAGGUUAUGCUAUUAUUGAAUAUGAUCACCCUGUAGAGGCUGUUCAGGCGAUUUCAAUGUUCAACGGUCAAUCGUUUUAUGAUCGUACAAUAACUGUGAGAAUGGAUAGGGCCAGCGAUAUGCUCAAGUUACCUGAAGGGUUAAAAUCAAUUGGAAUGGGCUUGGGGCCAAAUGGAGAGCCUUUGAAAUGUGUUGCUCAUAAUUUACCUUCAUUAUCUAGUAAUGCUCAGUGUGGUGGUGCAAACAAUGGCAUUUUGGGAACUCCUAGUAACCUGCCAUUGGGUGUUCUUUCAGGCUUAGGUAACAUUGGUACACUUGGAGCUUUAACCCAGGCAGCCAAUUUUUUGGGAAAUAAUGACCUGUCUUCAUUAGCUGCCCAGCAACAAUUUGGCUCAUUGUCUGGUACCGGAAAUACCUCCCAAAAUUUUAACCGUGGUGGAGGAGGUGAUUAUGGAAAUGGAAACAACUACAAUUCUGGAAAGUAUGGACAAGCUGGUGGUACUCUGGGAUACAAUGCCCCAAGUGGAGGUUCUAAUAGAGGUUAUACCAACUCUGAUUAUGGCAAUGACCGAUUGUCUUUUUCAGAUAACAGCAUGAAUACACACUUUUCCAAAAAAGUUCUCGUCUCGAAUUUGCCCUCCUCGGUAAGUUACAAGCUUUUGAAUGAAAAAUGUUCGGAAUUUGGCGAAGUUCAAGGUUUUGAAGCAAAAGGACCUGGCUCAGUUCUUUUAACAUACGCUUCAGAUUGGCAAGCUGAAAAGGCAAUUAAAAACCUGGAUAGAGCAAGAAUUGACGGGAGGAUGAUUGAAGCCAGACUCUAUUUGUGAAUUGAAGUUUUGUACCUAUUUAAUAUUUAAGCAUUACAUUUUAUCAAGACAAUUCCAUAUUCCCCAAUUACCAUACAGUGUUUGUAGUAAAAUUACUCUGAAAACAAA